UCUUCUUGGUUCCUCCAUAGUCCAUAGACCAUAGUCCAUAGUCCUUAGUCCCUAUCCCCCACCACACGCCCUCUCUGUCUUUUCUCCUUUUCCUCAUUUCACUUUUAUUGACUUUGUUUUCAGCUAUAAAUCCUUCUUCUUCUUCUUCUUCUUCUACCGUUCUAGUGUGUGUCCUAUUAGACGUUGAUCCAUGAAAGAUGGUGGUAGGAAACAGGGUGCAGCCUCACCCUGUGCUGCAUGCAAGCUGCUUCGAAGAAGGUGCGCUCAGGACUGUGUUUUUGCUCCUUAUUUUCCUGCGGAUGAGCCUCACAAGUUCGCCAAUGUGCAUAAAGUCUUUGGUGCCAGCAAUGUCAACAAGAUGCUUCAGGACUUACCAGAGCAUCAGAGAGGAGAUGCAGUGAGCAGCAUGGUGUAUGAAGCAAAUGCAAGAGUGAGAGACCCUGUUUAUGGCUGUGUUGGGGCCAUUUCUUCUCUUCAGCAACAGAUUGAUCUCUUACAGACCCAAUUGGCUGUGGCCCAGGCUGAGGCUGUGCACCUUAGGGUUCGACAAACUGCAUCCUUCUGGAACCCAGGGCCCACUAGCCCAACCAAUAGUGGCUCUCCAUCAUCCAAGAUCAUUGAAUCACAGCCCAAGCCCAUUUUUGAUAUGGACAUGGUGGUGGACCAGACCACCUAUGGUGAUUCAAUCUGGUGAUCCAUGCUAGUACUUCAUUUAAUAGUAAUAUAAGUAUACCUACUUAGAUCAUCAAAAGAUACAAACAAUUUAAGGAGGCAUUAUUUUAUCAAGUGAUGUCUUCUAUAUACUUUUACUUUAUUAGGUUUAUUAGGUUGAAGAGUGUUAGCCACAUAUUUUCUGAUACAUUUCUUUUAUUUAAUUUUUUAUUGUUGAUCAAAAUUUAUUGAAAAAUACAAAAUCACAAGUAAUUUUCAAUAAAUCUCAAUCAAUAAUAAAGAAUAUGUUUAAAAGAGUGUAUUAAAGAGUAUGUUGCUAACUUUGCUGGUAGGGUAGAAGUAGAACUAUAGAAGCAGUGGUGGCUGCGGCUGCGGCUGGGGCGGUGAGACCGAAGAGAGCUGUGGCGGAGGCCGUUCGCCCGCUUAAUUAAUUUGUUUGGAAAAUAGAUUUCUCAUUGAUGACAUGUUGUGUAUAUAUUAUUAUAUAUCUCUUUCACUUGACAUUGUGUGAAGGGUAAGCCUAUAUGGUUGGAUUGUGGACAAUUUG